AUGUCGGGUGCAGGGCCCAACCACAUCUCCUGCUUCCCUGUCAACGCCCUUCCCCUCAAGGGACAUUUUCUGGAAGGUGACAACGGGUCCCAUCUCGCUGGACUCCUGAGUUUUGGGCAGUGGAUGUUUGUGGGGGGCAGGGGUGGGGCUCAGGGACAUGGUGAUGGAGGAGGCCCAAGAGGGGUGGGCAGCAGCCUCCUUGACCCUCAGCCACCACGUGUGGGCGUCCCCUCUCUGCACAUCGAGAUCAGCACACCAGACCUGGAUCCUGUCCUCAUGGAGUCACGGCCUGGCCACUCAGAGCCGUUGCAGCCAAUGGGCAGCAACAACGUCACUGGCUCGGCGCUCCCCAUAGGCCACCACCACGUGGGCGUGGAGCUGGGCUGCCUUGUCACUCUUCCCACAGGUCCCGUUUGCUUCACAUUACCAAACAAUCCACUUUUCCACCAAAACCUGAGCUUUCAACCUUGCAUCAGGAUGGCAGAAGACAAAUUACCCUCCUUUUCCAUCGAUGGUCUGCUAUGGUGUCUCAAGGAGCUAGACAAGGAAGAAUUUCAGACAUUUAAGGAAUUACUAAAGAAAAAGUCUUCAGAAUUGACAACGAGCUCUAUUCCAUUGGUUGAAGUGGAUAAUGCUGAUGUGGAACAUCUAGCCUUCCUCUUGCAUGAGUAUUACGUAGGACCUCGUGCCUUGGAAAUGUCCAUUAGCAUCUUUGAAGAGAUGAACCUGCCAACACUUUCUGAGAAAGCAAAGGAUGAGAUGAAAAAAAUUUCACAAGCUGUGGAAAUACAUGGUGCCACAGAGGCAGAGACAGAAAGACAAGAAAUUUCACAAGCUAUAGAACAAGGUGGUGCCACAGCAGCAGAGACAAAAGCACAAGACCAAGGAGGUGGCAGGUGGGACUACAAGCACCACGUGAUGACCAAAUUCUCCACGAAGAUAGAUGUUGACCAUGAUCCUGAAAAAUCUGCUUCUGACUGGAUGGAAAUGCAAAUGAUGCUGGCUGGCGCUUUCAGUCCAGACCAGGGGGGCUUCAGGCCCCGCACCGUAGUUCUGCACGGAAAAUCGGGAAUUGGGAAAUCAGUUUUGGCCAGAAGGAUCAUGCUGUGCUGGGCACAAGGUAACCUCUACCAGGGCAUGUUCUCCUACGUCUUCUUUCUCCACACUAGAGAUCUACAAUGCAGGAGGGAGAGCAGUUUUGCAGAGUUGAUUUCCAAGGAGUGGCCGGACUCCCAGGCUCCCUUGGUGGAGAUCAUGUCCCAACCAGAACGGCUCUUGUUUGUUGUUGACAGUUUUGAUGACCUGGACUCUGCCCUCAAAGAUAACACAAAGCUCUGUGGAGACUGGGCCGAGAGGCAACCCACGUCUGUCCUGAUACACAGUCUACUGAGGAAAGUGCUGCUCCCCGCGUCCUCCCUGAUAAUCACCGUCAGCAACGUGGGCGUGGACAAGCUCAAGUCGGUGGUCGUGGCUCCCCGUUACCUGUUGGUUGGAGGGAUCUCGGUGGAAAAAAGGUUUCAGUUAUUGCUAGAGCACGUUACCAGUGAGCAGGAAAGGAUGAAGGUCUUACGUCUGAUGGAGAGCUGUCAUCUGCUGGAUGAGUGCCAGGUCUUCACCGUGCACUCGCUGAUCUGUGCGGCUCUGCAGCUGCGGCAGGCGGGCGGGGAGCGCCUUGCCCCCAUCUCCCUCACUUUCACGGGCCUGUACGCCACUUUUGUGUUCUAUCAGCUCACCCCGCAAGAGACGCCCCGGCGCUGUCUCAAUCGGGAAGAAAGAGCUGUCCUGAAGCGCUUGUGUCGCAUGGCCGUGAAGGGAGUGUGGGACAUGAAGUCUGCCUUUGACGACGAUGACCUCGCGGUGCAUGGACUUACGGAGUCUGAGCUCACCGCUCUGUUUCACAUGGACAUCCUGCUCCGAGACAGCCACUGUGAGGGGUAUUAUACUUUCUUCCACCUCAGCCUCCAGGAGUUUUGUGCCGCCUUGUACUAUGUCUUGGAGGGAUUGGAAAGAGAGCCACAUUUCUGCCCUCUGUUCAUUGAGAACGUAAAGAGUUUGAUGGAGCGUAAACAAACAGGCUUCAACUUCCACUUGCUCCAGAUGAAGCGUUUCCUGUUUGGCCUCAUGAGCAAAGAAGCGCUGAGGGCCCUGGAGGUUCUGCUGGGCUGUCCCAUCCCCCUGACGGUGAAGCAGACCCUCCUGCACUGGGUCUCUCCCCUGGGUCUGUGGAGCAAAUUCACCACCCCAGUAGACAUCCUGGAUGCCUUCCACUGUCUUUUCGAGACACAAGAUGAAGAAUUUGUUCACUCGGCACUGCGCAGCUUCCAAGAUGUGUGGCUUGCGAUUCACCAGAAAAUGGACUUUGUAGUCUCUUCUUUCUGUCUCCGGCAUUGUUGCUAUUUACGGAGAAUUCGGGUGGAUGUUAAAAAGCCCAUCUCAAGGGUUGGGAAGGCGUGGGCUGUGAUUCCCCGGUGGGUGUCGGGUAAGGUCCUCAUUGAUCAGCAGUGGGAAAAUUUCUGCCACGUGCUCUGCAACCUCCCAACCCUGCAACAACUCGACCUGGGCACCAGCAUCCUGAGUGAAUGGGCCAUGAAGAAACUCUGCACCAUGCUGAAGAGUCCAGCCUGUACAGUACAGAAUCUAAUAUUCAAAGAUACACAGAUUUUAUCUGGUCUCCAACAUCUCUGGCAUGUUCUUAUCAGCAACCAUCACAUAAAAUACCUCAACUUGGGAAACACCCACCUGAAGGAUGAAGAUGUAAAAACAGCAUGUGAAGCAUUAAAACACCUGAAUUGUUUCCUGGAGUCUUUGAGGUUGGAUCACUGCGGACUAAGCAGAGCUGGUUACCUGAUGAUCUCCCAAGUCCUUACCACACGGUCCACCAGCCUAAAAUACCUCAGCCUGGCAGGGAAUAAGGUGAUGGAGGAGGGUAUGAAGCCUCUCUUCGAGGCCUUGAAGGCCCCACAGUGCACGCUGCAGAAGCUGACGUUGGAGAGGUGCAGCCUCACAGCUGUGGGCUGCCAUGCCCUGGCCUCAGCCCUGGACAGCAACCGGAGCCUGACACACCUGUGCCUGUCGUACAACCAUCUGGGGAACGAGGGCUUGUACCCGCUGUGCCAGUCCAUAAGCCUGCCCAGCUGCAGUCUGCAGAGGCUGAUUCUACAACAGUGCGGCCUGACCGUCACCAGCUGCGAUUUCCUUGCGACAGCGCUGACGGGCAACGCACACCUGACGCACCUGAGCCUGAACUGGAACCCGCUGCAGAACGAGGGCGUGAGCCUUCUGUGCAAGGUCAUGCUGAAGCCGCGGUGCCAGCUGCAGGACCUGGAGUUGGUGGGGUGCCAGCUCACCGCCGCUUGCUGCACCGAUCUGUCCUGUGUGAUCACGAGAGGCAAACACCUGAAGAGCUUGGACCUUGCCGCCAACGCCGUGGGUGACAGCGGGGUCGCAGUGCUCUGCGAGGGACUGAAGCACGAGAAGGACUCUCUGAGGAGACUCGGGUUGCAGGCAUGUGGAUUGACCUCCAAUUGCUGCGACAUUCUCUCCUCCACCCUCUCCUGCAACCAGAGCCUGACCAGUCUGAACUUGCUGCAGAACAGCUUCAGUCCCGAAGGAAUGGUGAAGCUGUGCUCAGCCUUUGCACAUCCCAUCUGUAAUCUACGGGUAAUUGGGCUGUGGAAGUGCCAGUUUCCUGUGCAAGUUCAAAAGAUGCUGGAGGAGUUGCAGCUACUCAAGCCCCAACUCUUGAUUGAUGGUAAUUGGUACGAUUUUGACGAGGAUAACCGGUAUUGGUGGAAAUACUGA